GAAGUUGGCAGGGAGCUGUAGAUGGUUCUGGAAGGCCAGGGUGGACCAGGCCCUGGGUCCAAGUCCAGAAAGCAGCUUACAAGCAGAGAAAACAAGUGCCCAAGGUGCAUGCAGUGUGACACCAAGUUUGACUUUCUCACCCGGAAGCACCACUGUCGCCGCUGUGGGAAGUGCUUCUGUGACAAGUGCUGCAGCCAGAAGGUGCCACUACGGCGCAUGUGCUUCGUGGACCCCGUGCGGCAGUGCGCCCAGUGCGCCCUGGUGUCCCACAAGGAGGCCGAGUUUUACGACAGGCAGCUCAAGGUGCUCCUGAGUGGAGCCACCUUCCUUGUGACUUUUGGAAACUCAGAGAAAUCAGAAACAAUGGUUUGUCGUCUUUCCAGCAACCAGAGGUACUUGCUUCUGGACGGGGACAGCCGCCGCGAGGUGGAGAUGGCGCACGUUUCCACCGUGCAGAUGCUCACGGAAGGCUUCCCCCCUGGAGAAAAAGACACUCACACUCACACCAGCCUCCCGGGGAGCCAGCCCGCCUCUGAAGGAGGCAACGCGCGGGCCACGGGCAUGUCCCUGCACUACAGAACCCCAGGGGCAGAGGGCGUGACGCAGCUGAAGCUGACUGCCGGUGAGGACGCAAAUGGCAGCAGGAGGCAGGCGACAGCAUGGUUGGCUGCCAUGCACAAGGCCGCCAAGCUCCUCUACGAAUCCCGGGACCAGUAAUUCCACGCAGGCCAGUCAGCCAGCGUGGGACCGCGGCGCCCGCUCCCUGCGGGCACAGGCACAACCAGCCCGACACGUACUGGAAACGCAACUCAAGUAUUCGGAGAAACAAGUGUCCGCUUACCUAGUGCAAUACGUACACCGCUGAUUAACGCUCUCAACAGCUCGUGCUUCAGAAUUUGUUACCCUGUUGAUACUUACCCGGGGGUGGGAGCCGCUGAGCUGCACAGCUGCUAACUGUGCAGCGUAAGCUGUCAGGCCCGAGCGUGCGAGUGGGUCCUGGCCCCUUGCUGCUCGUUUUGUUAGUUCUUCUUCAGAAGUGGGCCGGCAGCGGAGACCCGGCCUGGAGGGCCCUGCUGCCUGCCUGGUCUCCCAUACGCGGCUUACAGUCGGCCUGAACCCGUUUUACAGGCUGUCCGUUCACUGCGUCACUAAUUUGGGGCUGUGCACACGCCUCUGAUACUUCACGGGGGGAAGGAGCAAGCUUUGUGUUUUGUACUUUUCACUUACUAUUUCACUUUAUUAAAAUAACUGUACAACAAUUUGUAUAUAAAGCUUAUGAUUAAAACCUAUUUUGAAAAUA